AUGUUAAACCUCCUCGACGUCGCCCAGACAUGCGAGGACAUCGCACGGGGAAUCUUCAACUUCCUCGCCCAUGUACCCACCGCCUCGGUCGAUAUCACUGCCGUCGUCGCGGAGCUGUACGCCCUCGGUGCCAUGCUGCGAGGUCUAGAUGGCAUUUACAAGAUCCCCGCCCAUCGACAUAAUUUCACCCGCAUAACAAGUGAUCUCGAGCUCAUCGUGCGCGCCAGCUUGCGUCAGUCACUUCGCGACAUCUUUGAAAUGCUAAAUCGUAUGAACCAAGCUAUACAUAUUACUAGUAUACAUAAUGCGGCUGCUACUGCGGCGGGCACGCCGAUAGCCGAUACUACUUCCGCAUUGCAUAAGAGGACAUGGGACGGGAUGUGGCUGUUUUUCUAUCAGCAGGCAGGGUAUACAUUGCAUCUACGGCUAAGGUAUUAUAAGCAGAUGCUGGAGGAGAUGUCGGCAAUCGUACAGGGGUGA